AUGGAAAACUCCCACAAGCGCAAGCGCAAGCGCAUUGCCUCCCCCAGCGGUUCUGACAUUGUUACAAGCUCCAAGAGCGAUGCCCCUCACUCAAACAGCAGGCGAGCAACUUAUUUGCCAAAUGUUACAGAUUGGGCGUUUAGGAUCAAAGUGAUCUCUUCGCCUCAUACCAGCGAUGAUUUACUUCGAGAGGCCAUACAAGGCUUGAUCGUUACCUGCUUCCCUGAUGGUAUCCUCAAAGAGCUAGGAAUUGACGUUGUCCAAAAACACAUGAGGGAGCAAGCCGCACCUGAAGAAAAUAUCCGACGAGUACAGGCCAUUUUCGACCAAGAGAUGAUUUACCAAAUAGCGCGGAUGAUGGCGCCUCUUCUCGGGAACGAAGACAGACUUCGAGCUGGCAUUGACUCAGUCAUCGCAGCAAGCUACAAAUUGCAUAGCGAGACUCUGGAUCCAAAGAAUAUCAUAGCAGCCAUCUCCGACGUCCAGGAAUCGUAUGAACAACUCUUAGGCAUCAAAGGUGACCCUCAACUGUGUGGGCUUGGUACUUCUGGCGCUAUACGAGAAUCCGAAGCACCAUGGAUACAUGACGAGCAGGCAGCCGUAAAGCCUAAAGAAAAUCCCAGCCAAUCACUGACAGAAGAGACUGCGCGUGAAUGCCAGGUCAGUUCAAGUCAAAGCUCCCGGAGGAAGCCUACUCGACUACUAACGAAGACCCGGAGAUGGGAUGUUGAUGCAGCACAAGUAACGGAUCACGAUAUUCCUCUACACUUCAAGCGGCCAAGCGACCUUUUUUCAUACCAUGCAUACCCGGUAAUCAGAAGGGAUCUUGGUGACUCUGCGUCUGAUUCUGAAAUUCUAGCUCGAAUUGAAAUGCUCUUACAAGAAAUGUCCAAAGCAGAGCGACAGACAUGGGCACAUAGCCUGCAGAAACUCUACGAUGGUGACCUAUCUAUGCUCAAACGAGUUUCUGCGCGUGUAUCGUUCAUUGAAGGUAGAGCAACCCCGUUUGCUCCAAUGAACAAUACAGACCGUGAAAAUCAACUCGAAAUCUCAGGUCGUGGGAUCGAUCACAUGCAAUCCGCCAUCGAGAAUCAGCGUAACAAUACUGCGAAUAUUGGGCAUCCUCCAGCGGGACUAGGCGAAUAUAAUCCCAACUCACGCCUAGUUAACAUUAAAGAAGAGAACGAGCAGAUUAACAAGAGAGGCGUUACUUCAGUACCUACUAACCAGAGAGAGGCUUUACUCGAGCAGCCAAGUGCAUUCAAUGAUGCGCGACUCAAUCAAACACCAAAUCUACUUUGUUCCCCUGAUUUGUUGCCUAUACAGUGCCUACUUUUCUGCGACUGGGAUUCUCGUUCUCAGAAUCGUACAGAAUUGUCGCACGUUUUGGUUCACGAACUUGAUAAACGGGUACAGGCAACGAGCUUCGAAUUUUCCAAUAUGAAAGGCCGGAAAGGCUGUUUCAACAAAGCUAAGCUUGAAAGUAUCAUCCAAACUUCGAAAGAACCCAUUACGAGUCCACGAUGGCGCCUUCAACUGGAAAAUUUCUUUGUUCCUUGGGUCGUCACACACCCCGAUGCAUUCCCUGAACUUGUAACAGAUCACUUCAUUUUUGUCCACUUUUUGCCGUUUGACACUCCAAUUACUGACCUCGUCUUUGGUUUGGACCUCCGUAGCCGGUUUCCCACCAAAGCAGCCGCAAUACAGCAUGUUCAGGCAGGUCUGACUGCAAGAAAGGUUUCGGAGGAAUCCAGGUUUGCCUCUGGAGGUCACUUGCUUUGGCCACAUAUUCUCGAGUGCCUCCGAUUAUAUGAUACGCGCGGCCUGCCUCCAUGGGUGCAUAUUGAUCGAGCUUUGCGAUACUUUGUGUUUCAGAACAGAAAGCUUUUCCCCGAGAUAAAAAAUUUUGCCUUGGUAAAAGACUGGGAGAAAUUCACCGGGUCAACCUGGUGAUCGUGUUGGAUCUUCGAAUCAGCACAUCUGAUGGACGAUCGAAUUUCAUGGGCCAUCAAAUUGGGCACAGUGGCGAGAAACAAAUGGUUUGAUAAUUGAAAGCAUCGGCGUCAAAGGCCUGGGAUCCACGAUGCUA